AUGUCUGCCUUCGUCGCUCUCCUGACAGUUGUCGCUGCUUUCUCCUCUUCCAUCGUGGCAGCAUUCUCUGGCAACUUCGAGAUGGCCAACGUUGUUGUCUCGUCUCCCUUCCAAGCAGACAUCAAAUCCACCGAGAGCACUUACAUUGAAUUCGACUUCUGCGACCAAGAUACUCCUGAGGUCGGCUCAACACACUGCUGUGUCGAAUGGGCUGUGGGUCUUAGUCCACCAGCCAGUUCGGGAAACACCUGUGACAACGGCACCUUUGCCGUCCUUGUCACCUCUUGGAGCGGCGUGGGGAACCUUUCGCUUGAAUUGGCGCACACCUAUAUUGAUAAUAGUGUUGGAGAAGCCCCGUACAAUGUUCUCACCAAAUUCGCCGAUCUCAACUUGACAUACCCGGCUACGCAGUCAUACGAGUGCGACUUACCGCAAGCUGAAUGCAAGAGCUGUGACGGAGAGGUCAUCGUGGCCAUUGUCAACAAAGCUGUCGCCUGA